AUGGCUGAGGUUCGAGAUGGGGAUCAGCCGCCCCACACAGAGUCGGACCCAGCUAACGCUGGAGCGACAGCCUCGAUCUUUGAGACAGAGGCACCCGGAACAGCACCGUCAGAUGGAACGAUGCUGGUGGCUAGUGACUCCUUCGAGAACAUAUACGAACCAAUAGAAUCUAUACGGCCGAGACUUGGCAGUGGAAUUAUUGAUAGUAUGUCUGGUAAAAAAGGCAAAGACGAUGACGAAAACGAAGAAGAAAUAGAGGAGGAAGAAGAAGAAGAAGAAGAGGAGGAGGAGAUAGACAAAAACCUUGUGUUAUACGAGAAAGUCGACGACGAAGAAGAGGAUAAUAAGCUACAGGAGGAUUUACGAGAUGAUUACCAGCUUUCAGGAUUAAACGAUGAAGUUAAGGACGAGAGGAUAAGCAAAGGAGCGGAGGAAGAGAAAGAAGAGGAGAAAGAAGAAAAGUUGAUGAUAAUGGAUGAAAAAGAAGUUGAAAAAGAUGAGCGAGAAAAAGUUGAAGGAAAUGAGGAAGAGGCAAAUAAACCCAGUAAUAACGAUGGUGUUAUUACUACUAGUACACUGUCGCCACCCCAGACAGAGAGCUUGGGUACAGAUCCAGGUUCUGGUUCAGGAACUAAUAUUAUUACUCAUUCCACGGACUCUAUGUCAACGUCGACAGCGAGUGCGAGUACCCCGGGUGGCGAUGGUAGUGGAGGCCCGGCCCUCUCGGCUAAAAAGGUGAGUAAAAAUAAAUAA